AUGUUGUCUGAGCUGGAGUCGGGCCUCGCUGCGCUCCGCCUCGCUGUGUCUUCCGGAGGAAUGACGGCUCUGUGGUGCUCUCUCUGGCUCUGCCUCAUCCUCCCUCUCUCCGUCAGCCCCGCCAGGCUGCCCACAGCUCAGCCCACAGACUCCAGUGUGUCCAGUGAGUCAACCUUCCUGGAGGAUUAUGUUUUGGGCACAGGCGACACCCUGGAAAUGCCGUGUCACCUGGAUGACCCCACCCAGCCCGUCACCUGGUUCAAAGAUGGCGCCGGGCUGGUGCCUAGCAACCGGACACGGCUGGUGCAGCGGGUGCUGCGCAUCAUCAACGUGUCCUACGAGGACUCGGGCGUCUACACCUGCCGCCACACCCGAAGCAACAUGUUGCUGAGCAACUACACCAUCAAGGUGACAGAUUCCCUGUCGUCUGGUGAUGAUGAGGACUACGAUGAAGAUCCGGAAGAUGCAGGUAAUGGAAAUGAGGCGCCGUACUGGACACGGCCAGACCGAAUGGACAAAAAGCUCUUGGCUAUUCCCGCCGCCAACACGGUGAAGUUCCGCUGCGCCGCAGCCGGCAAUCCAACACCCACCAUCCACUGGCUGAAGAACGGCAAGGAGUUUAAGGGCGAGCAGAGGAUGGGGGGAAUCAAGCUGAGACACCAGCAGUGGAGUCUAGUGAUGGAGAGCGCCGUGCCAUCAGACAGGGGGAACUACACCUGCGUGGUGCAGAACAAGUACGGCACCAUCACCCACACCUACCAGCUGGACGUGCUGGAGCGCUCCCCUCACAGGCCCAUCCUCCAGGCUGGCCUACCGGCCAAUCAGACAGUGGUCGUGGGCAGCGAUGUGGAGUUCCACUGUAAGGUUUACAGUGAUGCCCAGCCUCACAUCCAGUGGCUAAAACACAUUGAGGUCAACGGCAGCCGCUAUGACCCGGAUGGGGGGCCCUAUGUUAACAUCCUCAAGACCAAUGGUAUUAACACCACGGAUAAGGAGCUAGAGGUGCUCUUCUUGUCAAAUGUAACUUUUGAGGAUGCAGGGGAGUACACUUGUCUAGCGGGGAACUCAAUAGGCUUUACUUACCACUCUGCUUGGCUGACGGUGCUUCCAGCUGUGGACGAGGACCAGGAUGACGACUACGCCGAAAUCCUCAUCUACGUGACAGGCUGUGUGCUCUUCAUCCUGGCGGUGGUCAUCGUCAUCCUCUGUCGUAUGCGGAUGACCACGCAGAAAACCCUGCCUACGCCGCCUGUGCAAAAACUCUCCAAGUUCCCCCUCAAGAGACAGGUAACAGAAAAUUGUCUCUUUGCACCCAAGCAGGUGUCCUUGGAUUCAAACUCCUCCAUGAACUCCAACACGCCACUGGUCAGGAUCGCCCGCCUGUCAUCCAGCGACGGCCCAAUGCUGGCCAACGUGUCAGAGCUUGAACUUCCCUCAGACCCGAAAUGGGAGUUUUCACGGACCAGAUUAACGCUCGGUAAACCUCUCGGAGAGGGCUGCUUUGGUCAAGUUGUGAUGGCCGAGGCCAUUGGCAUUGACAAGGAGAAACCUAACAAGCCGCUCACUGUUGCUGUGAAAAUGCUGAAAGAUGACGCCACUGAUAAGGACUUGUCAGACCUGGUGUCAGAAAUGGAGAUGAUGAAGAUGAUUGGCAAACACAAAAACAUUAUCAACCUACUGGGAGCGUGCACGCAGGACGGUCCUCUGUACGUGCUGGUGGAGUACGCCUCCAAAGGGAAUCUGAGGGAGUACCUGCGGGCGCGGCGGCCCCCGGGCAUGGACUACUCCUUCGACACCUGCAAGAUCCCUGACGAGCAGCUGACUUUCAAGGAUCUGGUGUCUUGCGCCUACCAGGUUGCCCGCGGUAUGGAGUACCUGGCCUCACAGAAGUGUAUCCAUAGAGACCUGGCAGCCAGGAACGUCCUUGUGACAGAGGACAACGUGAUGAAGAUUGCCGACUUUGGUCUUGCCAGAGACGUGCACAACAUUGACUACUAUAAAAAGACCACAAACGGUCGCCUGCCCGUGAAAUGGAUGGCCCCGGAGGCGCUGUUUGACCGGGUCUACACGCACCAGAGCGAUGUGUGGUCUUACGGGGUGUUGCUAUGGGAGAUCUUCACCCUGGGAGGCUCGCCUUAUCCAGGAAUCCCUGUAGAAGAGCUUUUUAAACUGCUAAAGGAGGGCCAUCGGAUGGACAAGCCUGCUAACUGCACCCAUGAACUGUACAUGAUAAUGAGGGAAUGCUGGCACGCCGUGCCAUCUCAGAGACCUACAUUCAGGCAGUUGGUAGAAGACCACGACCGCGUUUUAUCCAUGACCUCAACUGACGAGUACCUGGACCUGUCGGUGCCCUUCGAGCAGUACUCCCCCACCUGUCAGGACUCCAACAGCACCUGCUCUUCAGGCGACGACUCGGUGUUCGCCCACGACCCCCUUCCCGAUGAGCCCUGUCUUCCCAAACAGCUUCCCAGUAACGGGGUGAUUAGGACAUAG